AUGCAGUUCUUCACCAGCCUCGUCGUCGUUGCCCUGGCCUUCACCGGCGUCUCCACUGCGUCCCCCGCCAACAAGCCUACUAUCACCAAGCCCACCGUCAACAAGCCCGUCAUCAACAAGCCCGAGGUCAAAAGCACCAGCCAGCAGGUGUCGUGCAGCAACGAAAUGACCCCCUUCUGCUGCGUGACCGACUUCAGCACCGUCGCCGGGGACAAGAACAAGAAGAACAGCGGCAGCAAGGGCAAGGAGACCACCACCUGCUCCCAGGGUGUCACCAAGUGCGAUGGCACCAUGGUCUGCUGCAACAGCCAGGCCUUUGGCACCGGCAAUGCCGACCAGAGAUGCUCUGCCGGUAUCACCGUCGUCACCGAGACCAAAGACAUCGACCUCACAGACGCCGUCUUCCUGGACCUCAAGCAGAUCUAA